AUGUCCUUUGCAUUCAUCGCCAUGACGAUGCUUCUGGGCUCUUCAGUGGUGGUUGCAUUUGUCUUGCAGCCAACCAAGGAAGAGCCAGCAACCUCUGCUAAUUCUCCUGUUUCCAAUCACAGGUGCCAUGCUGAGUCGCUGCAGUCCAUCAGGAAGGGUCUCCUCAGAGCUCUCAACUUGCAGGCUGAGCCAUGGCUGCCUGCUGGUGGGCUGGACACUGUCAGAGAGAAAUGGCAGAGCAGCUUCAGCACCGUUUCUCACAGAGCCAAACACACUGCAGCUGCAGCGGUCUCUGUGUCACCUGAUGGGGGAAACAGUACAACCCUGAAGUGCUGCUCCAUGGCCUCUGAGAUCUUCAUGAAAGAUCUGGGCUGGGACAACUGGGUGAUCCAUCCUUCCAGCCUCACCAUCGUUCAGUGUGCACUCUGCAACCCUGAUGUGAACCCUGUGGGAUGUCCACCGUCCCACACCAAUGUGCACGAUGCUGACUCUCAGGUACCAUGUUGUCAGCCCAACUCCCAGGAAGCGGUGCCUGUCGUCUACGUGGAUGAGUCCAGCACCGUCGUCAUUUCCUCUGUGCAGCUGACCCGCAGCUGCGGCUGUGGACCUGGAGACAUCCCGCAGCCCAGCAGAGAGUAA